GGGGGGAGGGAGGGUGCUCAUUUGUCACAGUGAAACAAUCAACCCUCUCGGUCGACAUCGCUGCAGCAGAACAGAGCCACACAUUGUACCUCUGGCCAGGACGGACACCUGCAUCGACGAGGCUGUGGCUGGGUUGAGCAAUACAGGGCUGGAAUGCACACAGUGCUGAAGCUGUUCCCUCACUGGGCCAAGACAGAGGUCGGGGUGUUGCACCCGGAUGGUCAGGAGCUGGUCUUGGUCAAGGUGAAGCCAAACGACACGAUGAAGCAGAUCCGUCUUCACCUGGUGAAGCAGGGAAUCACCUCCUGGAAGAUGGACUUCACUUACAAAGGUCGGAAGCUGGGAGAGAACGAGACGCUGGAAGGGAAUCGCAUCACCUCGGGGGCAGUUCUCCUGUUGGUGAAGGACAGUCACCCAAAACCAUCCAGGACGUGAGGAGGGGGCUGCAAGGCCGGAGCCGCUGGUGGGGAUGGAUCGCCUCAUACACGGAGGAGUAUUUGUGAACGGAAGGUGGGACUGCCACCCGGUGAAGCUUCUCCAGGGCCAGCGGUGGAGACGAGGUGAUCUUGAGUUCGCCGUGGACCAUCGCCCGGUGACCCGAGCAGUGGAGGACUUGCGGGCGGCAACUUGCCAGACCCUGUUCUAGCGCUCGCUGAGAGGUCACGAGUCUCUGACCCGGUCUCGCCAGAAGCCGCUGAAGCAGCGUUGAGCGACGACAUCGGGGAGCGGGGAUUGAACCGGCCACGCCCUGUCUCUGCUCACCAGCUCCCUCCCAACCUCACACGCAGAGGACAACGAGAGACCCCAGCAAGGCUGGUUUAAAGUGAAGUUAGAGACAAAAUGCUGGAGUAACUCAGCGGGACAGGCAACGUCUCUGGAGAGAAGGAAUGAAUGGGUGACGUUUCGGAUCGAGACCCUUCUUCAGGCUGAUGAAAGGUCUCGACCCGACAUGUCACCCAUUCCUUCUCUCCAGAGACGCUGCCUGUCCCGCUGAGUUACUCCAGCAUUUUGUGUCCAACCCCUGCUCCAUCUCCAGAGGAUCCACAAUCAGAGACAACGAGAGAGCCCAGCAAGGAUGCUCCACCACACACUGUC